UCCUCACAGCGGAGUGUGUAUGUGAGAGGAGUGUGUGAGUGGUUAGCACCGGGGAUCUUCAACCAGAGGGGUUCCGUGUGAAGAGAAGGGCUCUUCUGUGCAUGUGCUUGCCGUGUGUGUGUGUGUGUGUGUGUGAGUGAGUGAGUGACUGUGUGUGUGCGUUUUCUCGAUCUAUGCGUGCGAGCAAGUGAGCGUGUGUGUGACGACGCUGUCCUCGUUCUGCACCGACCGGACCCUCUCUCUCAUCUCAUCAUGCAGCCGGCUGUGCUCAUCUCACCGCUGUGACGACUGAGUGUCUAGACCAGGCUCUGGAGACUGAGAAAGAGAUACAGGCAGAGAGACCGACACACAGACAGACAGGUGGACAGACAGAUGGACUGUUGGUGGCGUGUGAUGCUGUGAUUCCUAGUGGAAUAGAAGGGUCUCCUCUGUAUGGGACACUGUUGUAAGCCCUCAUUAAGUUAACGAAUUGGAGACAGACAGACAGACAGACAGACAGACAGACAGACAGACAGACAGACAGACAGACAGACAGACAGACAGACAGACAGACAGACAGACAGACAGACAGACAGACAGACAGACAGACAGACAGACAGACGGACAGCUCUCCGGUCGACUCGAAGGACCACCUCUCUUUCUGGGGUUUGGGAUGCGCUGUUUCUGGGUGGACUAGGAGAAAGGUCUCCUCUCUUUCUUCCCCUCUCCUCCUCCUCUCCUGUCUUCCACGAGAGAGCGCUCAGUGAGGAUCUGAUCCUGGAGUGUAGAGAGAGACAGAGGGCCUGACGGGACGUGAGGCAGCAUGGCUCGUCUCAACUGGUGCCUGGCCGCUGUCAUCAGCUGGGGCAAGUUCCUCUUUUCCUGCUUCUUCCCCCUACGAGGGGCCAACAAAGACAAGCCUGAGGAGUUGGAGAGUGUCCACACACACAAUUUCAAGCUUAAGCCCUUCAAGAAAGUCAAGAGCUGUGAUGUGUGUCAGCAGGCCAUCACCAAGGAUGGGCUCAUCUGUAAAGUGUGCAAGCUGGGCAUCCAUAAGAAGUGUGAGGUGAAGGUCCUCGCAGAUGCAUGUGUGGCACCUACCGGAUCACCUACCAAGCCGCCGUCCACUGAUCCUCCUUGGAGGUCAGUUGCUUCGCUUAAUUCACGGCCGGCCACUCCUCAGCUGCCGUUGAAGCAUGUAGAAACUCCGGGAACCCCAAGGUCCUGUAAGAGUGAGCAGACUAGACGAAGGUCAUCACGCAGUGUCAGUCUGCUGCAGGCCAUGGAGGAGAGCUAUGAGGUGGACCUGGUGUACAUCACCGAGAGGAUCAUCUCUGUCUCCUUCCCCAGCGGAGCAGAGGAGCGCAGCUACACCUCCAACAUCAAGGAGGUGGCCUCCAUGCUGGCCUCCAAACACGGGGAACACUAUCUGCUCCUCAACCUAAGCGAGCGGAGGAAUGACAUCACCAAGCUUAACCACAAGGUGCUGGAGUUUGGCUGGCCAGACCAUUAUGCUCCGGCCCUGGAUAAGAUCUGCAGCAUGUGCAAGGCCAUGGACACCUGGCUCAACGCUGACCAACACAAUGUAGUGGUGCUUCACAACAAGGGGAACCGUGGGAGGACUGGAGUGGUGGUGGCUGCCUACAUGCAUUACAGCAACAUAUCAGCCAGUGCUGACCAGGCACUGGACAGGUUUGCCAUGAGGCGCUUCUACGAAGACAAAGCGCUUCCUGUGGGUCAACCGUCCCAGAAAAGGUAUGUACGUUACUUCAGUGGUCUGCUCUCUGGCCACAUCAAGAUUAACAACAAGCCUCUGUUUCUGCACCACGUCAUCAUGCACGGCAUCCCCAACUUCGAGUCCAAAGGAGGCUGUCGUCCUUUCCUGAAGAUUUACCAGGCGAUGCAGCCAGUCUACACGUCAGGAAUAUAUAACGUCCAAGGGGACAGUCACACCAGUAUCUGCAUCACCAUUGAACCUGGCCUGCUCCUAAAGGGAGACAUUUUGUUGAAGUGUUACCACAAGCGUUUCCGGAGCCCCAUUAGGGAUGUGGUAUUCAGAGUGCAGUUCCACACCUGUGCCAUCCACGACCUGGGAGUAGUCUUCGGGAAGAAUGAACUGGAUCAGACUUUUAAAGAUGAGAGAUUUCCAGAAUAUGGGAAAGUGGAAUUUGUCUUCUCCUUUGGACCUGAGAAAAUCAAAGGUACAGGAAUGGGCCACCUUGAGAAUGGCCCACAAGUGUCGGUGGACUACAAUACCCAAGACCCCCUCAUCCGCUGGGACUCCUACGAGAACUUCAACAGGGGCUGCGAGGAUACAGGAGAUGGGCUUCAGCUUGGGUUCUGGAGUGAGGGUUCAAGACCGGUCGCUAGCUGCUUGUUGGCCCACCUCAACGUUUCUUCACCAAGGGACGUUGUUCACACCCAAGGCCCCCUCGACGGCAGCCUGUAUGCCCGAAUCCACAAGAAAGAGUCCCUCGAUGGAGUGGUCACAAUCAACGGCCUUCCCGUCCUCGACCACCCCCUAACCAACGCAGACCACACCCCCCAACACCCUGACCACACCCUCCCAAGUUCUGACCGCACCCUCCCGGUAGUGGGCCACGCCUCCCUGCCCGCGGUUGACCACGCCCUGUCGGUCAGCAGCGACUCUGGGAACUCGACAGCAUCCGUCAAAACCGAUCGCACCGAUGACCACAGUCUGUUGCUGCAUGGAGCGGUGAACACCAACCAGAACCACAACACGCCCAGUCAUCCCCCUCUCAGUCCCCAGGAGAAGAGAGAGUUGGACCAGCUUCUGAGUGGCCUUGAGGCCCCCAUGCUCCACCGCCAGGCUUACCUGGCUACCUCCACCAGCCCCGGGGGGGUAGUACGCCACCUUGUCCCAGCCCAGGUGCACGUCAGCGGGCAUACACGGCUCAUUGCAGCCCCCUCCGCCGAAGAGCGCGAGACGGACAUCUUGGACGACGAGCUGCACAUCAGUCAGGAGGGUAACAGCGUGGACAGUCUGGGAACACUGUCGUCAUUGGAGGGCCAGGCCACGCCCGCAGAGCUGUACUACCAGUCACAGAUACCCAUCAACAGGCAGAACGACGGGCCAUACCUAGAGAAGCUACGGGAGAUGCCGGUGCACCGGGUACGGACUUCUACGUCGGCACAGGAGCGGAUCAUGGACUCCAGUUCGCCCCAGGAGGAGGAGUACUCUCCUAACAGUUACCAGAAUGGGAGUAUGCAGCAUUCCCAGUCCUUCGGGACCCCCGAGCCUGGAGGCCCCAAGUUGCCCAGGGCCCCUGAGAGGAGCACCAGUAGCAGGGAGGCAGUCCAGAGGGGGCUGAACGCAUGGCACCAGUACAGUCUGCCAGACGACCCGUUCGGUCCUCCCUUACAGAGCACCCACAGUCUGCCCCACUUCCCCCCCACCGCCUCUCAGCACGACAUAGAGCAGUCGAUCGAAGCCCUCGACAUGCUGAUGCUGGAUCUGGACCCACACACAGGACAGGUGCCCAAGUCCUACAGCGCCCCCUCUGGUGAGAACAGUGUAGGAGGGCCAGCCCAGAUCCCCUUCUCCCAAUCUCUGGCCAGGCCGUCCUACCAGGCGGACUCAGCCAUCCACGGCUAUAACAUUAACUACAAUGCCUUCGGACAGCCUCUGAGGUCGACGGCUGGCCGGGUUUCAACAUCGCCCGUCCAGAGUCCUGUGGCUGAGUCUCCCCUGUCGUACUCCCCCUCGAGGUCUGCCUCGUACCAGCCCCACACCAACACCACUCCCAUACACCCCCCCGAGCCCUACCACACGCGCCCAGCCCAGGGGCCUGGUGCCCCCCUCUACCCCUCUGACUCCUCCCCCACCUUCGGACAGCUCCAGAUGAAGCCCCUGAACUCGUACCCAGGUGGGACGGUGGUGUCCCGCUCCCCAGACCGCAAGGGAGGGUCUCCCUAUCAUGGCUACAGCACCUCCUCCUCCCCCCUCCCCAACUCUUCCCCCCUUCUCAAGGAGCCAGAACCUGAGGAGGAGAACCUCAACCUGGAGGGCCUGGUGGCUCAACGCAUCGCUGAGUACAACGCUCGUAUUCAGGGCAUCAACGAAAGCAUUUCCACUACGCCACAAUCUGACCGCAAUCGCUCUUAUUCUUUCUCUGGGAUGCGUUCCCGUGGGAUGACGCCGGAGGAGGCUCAGGAGACCGUUCGCCGUCGGACCACAAGCGAGGGGCACUACCAGAGUGGCAAUGAGGACCCUCCAGCCCACACGGGGGCGCCGGUGCGCUCCCCUGUCCACUCGUCAGACUUCCACAUCCUCAACCCUGGAGGAAGACCCAGAGAGGGCCCCAUGCACAGCUACCGCGAGGCGUAUGGGGAUGGGGAUGAUGAUGCUGACGGUCGGGCUGCUGUCAGUCCUAUGUUCAGCAGUGGUGGUGAGGCCCACCCACUGACCCCUACCUUCCCUGUCUCACCUCAGACCCCUUACUUCAACAUGUCCCGUUCUCCUCCAGGCUUGGCCAAAACCCCUCUCUCUGCUUUAGGACUGAAGCCCCACCAUCCAGCAGACAUUCUCCAUGGUGGAUCAGACUGUGAAUCUGUAAGCGAUGAGGAGCAAGACGGCCAUGGUUAUGGUGGACACCCCUUUAAUGAUCCUAUAUCUUCCAGUAGUCCCAUCCACAGCCCAGACGGCAUGAGGAUGACUUCCUCCAUUCGGCUCCAGGCUGACUCCGGCUUCCACUCUCGCCCCUUGGAGAGCGCCCAGCACACCCCCGCUCCGUACUACGGCCCCCACUCCCCUGAGGGAUCCCAGGUCAGCGUUGUGGGCCCCCUCCACACCGUCCCCGGAAGCCCCAACACACUUCACCGCACGGUGGCCACCAACACCCCACCAAGCCCCGCCCUCCAGCGCCGCCUGGCCAACCAGGCCAGCCCGGGUCUGGCUCGUCACCCCACACCGCCCAAUGGAAACAGGGUGCAAGUCCCCGGCAGCCCUGUGAUCCCCGCAAGAGGCUCCAGAACCGCCGCCGUACCUCCUAGCCCUUUGAUGGGGCGCCACCCGAUGGCCAGUGGCCACACUACGCCUGAUGACAGACAGGGGGCACCACCCACGCCCUCCUUCCCAGUGUCGCCCCAGCCGAUGCUUCCAGAGAAGAGGCGGAUGCCCAGUGGAGAGAGGUCCAAUGGGGGGCUGUCAUAUGGGACUCUGGAUGGGAAGACCACCACACCCACCUUACCCAGUGGAGGCAGCACGCCCAGUGUGUCCACCUCUCACACCCUACCCGACCUCUCCAAAUUCUCCAUCUACGACCAGAGUCCAGACAUCAGGCUGAAUGUGAAGUUUGUCCAGGACACGUCUAAGUUCUGGUACAAGCCAGACAUCUCCAGAGAGCAGGCCAUCAGUCUGCUGAGAGACAGGGAGCCAGGGGCCUUCGUCAUCAGGGACAGUCACUCCUUCAGAGGGGCCUACGGCCUGGCCAUGAAGGUGGCCUGCCCACCUCCCACCGCCCAGGCCAAUAAGAAAGUUGGUGACAUCACGAGCGAGCUGGUGAGGCACUUCCUGAUUGAGACGAGCCCCAAAGGCGUGCGCCUGAAGGGCUGUCCCAACGAACCCUACUUUGGAUGUCUGUCCGCCCUGGUGUACCAACACUCGAUGACUCCUCUGGCACUGCCCUGCAAGCUGAUGAUCCCCAGCAAAGAUCCCAAUGAGGAGGCCCUGGAGCUGGACACUCCCACUGACACAGUGGCCGAGCUGGUGAAACAAGGAGCAGUAGCACAGCAACAAGUCCCCGAGGAGGCCCAUGCAUGCAAUGUUCUUUACAUCAGCUCUGUGGACAUGGAGUCUCUGACCGGUCCUCAGGCUGUCGCCAAGGCAAUCAGCAAAACGGUGGCCGUCAACCCGUUGCCCGCGGCAACAACCGUCCACUUCAAAGUGUCGUCGCAGGGCAUCACCCUCACAGAUAGCCAGAGGAAGGUCUUCUUCCGAAGGCACUACCCAAUCAACACUGUCACCUACUGUGACAUUGACCCCCAGGACAGGAAGUGGAGCAAGGAAGGAGGUGGAACGGCGAAACUGUUUGGUUUCGUGGCACGUAAACAAGGAAGCACAACGGACAACGUCAGCCACCUGUUUGCCGAGUUGGACCCCGACCAGCCUGCUUCAGCCAUCGUCAACUUCGUCUCCAAAGUCAUGAAGCGAUGAAACCAACGAAUCCCCGACAGCCAUUUUUUUUCUUCCAUUUUUUUUUUUCUUCAUUUUGGAUUGUGUUUCAUUAUUUUCUUCUGUUCUUUUUGUUGAGAUAUGUUCUCUUUGUUUUAUUCUGAGAGAUGUUUGAAGGACUUGGAGGUAAUCCAAGAUGGCGUCAGAGGAAGUUGUGGCUGGAGUGGUGACAGUGAUAACGUGGCUCGAGCUGGUGGAGGAAGAUGGUUUCUUCCACAAGGUAACUGUGGAAGUCUAAGUGGAGAAGCUGUGUGCUAAACUAAGUAUCAGUGGGAGAAAAGGACACUGACAUUUAUCAGGUUUUCGGAUUGAUUUACCAAAGGUAGCACUCAGAACAAGUAUGUCAUUAUUAGAUGGUCAGUUUAAGGCGUUGUAGGUUUUCUCCGUUUUUUUUUUUUACAAUGGGACUGUUGAAACGAAACAGACAAAAACUGAAAGAAUGCUUUCUUCUUGAACUUUAUUCUGUCUUCAGAAAAAUAGUUUGCCUCAGUGGCUUCUUACUAAAGAAAAUUUAAGAAGACAUUUUGCAUGUUAGCUCGAUCUUUAAGCUUGGUCCACUAAAGUCAUUUGUGAACCCUCGAGUGGACAUUUCCCAGGCGUGUUGUAUGUUGUAAAGGGCUCAACAGCGAGAAAAAGAAACUGUUCUCAACUUCACAGAGCAGAUCAACCUUCUCAUAAAACACAUUGCUUAUGUUAGGUCCAGACUUGACCAGUCGAUCCUGGAGCGCACUGAUUGAUUUCAGAUGUGGGAGAUGGAUUACUCUGGCCUGUGGAAAGGUAGCUGGUAAAUCUACUGCUGUCACUCCUCCUGUCCACACGGUGGUGCCAAUUAUCCACGUUUGAACUCAAUCCUGCUUGACUCAGACUGAUCCUCACCUGCUGGCUGCUCACAGACACUGCUACUGAACACACUGGAAACAAACGCCAGGGACUGGUCUGAGCCCUGGGCCCUAGGCACUGUCCUGCAUGUUUUAGUCCAACUGCACCCCCCUCCCUCUAAACUACGUUCAACAUCACCAAAACGGCCAUUCUACGCUGUGUUCUAUGAAGACUUUAACCCUAAGACAAGAAAACAGAGGUUGUUUGCCUUGUUAGAGACUGCAUGAUAUUAUAAACCAUUUUUGGACUCUACUAAAGAGUCCUAAAAAGAAAAAAGAACAUGUAGACAGCCUUUUGUUGAAGUAGUUACUCGAUGGUGAGAUGCGAUAUUUUUUUUUAUUUUCUUGUUCCAUCUUGCAGCAGGGUUUCACUGUAUCAAGCAAGGUUGUCUUUCAUUUUUAACCAAAAGGGAAUUUAUCCUCUCACCAGAUCGCAUCUACAUACCUUUAGACAAACGUAGAGGUUGUCACACUGUGUGUAAAUGCCUGCUUCUCAAAUACACACUACUCACCCAUCUUCCAUAAGCUAAGGAAAAACAAUAUUGAUAUGAAAUGUAUAUAGAUAUACUACUUUGAAAGGUGACAUAGCUAAAAAAAAAUAUUUAUUUUUGUUGCUUUGUUCCUCCAUGAUAACUCAUAUAUACAUAUAUUGUACAGUCUACAUAAAGAAGAUUACCUUAAGGAUUGAGAAAAAAAUACUUAUUUUGGCUAAUGAAAGGCUUUUGGAUAUAUAUGGUGUACAUUACUCAGUACAUGUAUGUUUGUUGUAGCUCGUCAUGUUUCUUCUUCGCGUUCUCAGAGAUUGAGGUUAGGCAUGUAUGGGAUGAAAGCAUAUGAUUUUUACAGGAAAAAUGCAUGGACAAAACCGUCCGGGUGGUAUACCAACAUAAUGUUCAAGUUCGUCUUAACCGCUGCCAUAAUACAGUGAAUAAUAUCAGUUACAUGGCAAAUGUUGUUGCCAGUUUUAGGGUCAGCUCUUGAAUAUGGAUUUACCAUAUUAUGAAAAUAUGAAAUGUUCUUAAAAAAAAGAAAGAAAAUGUUUUUAUAAGGGAAGCAUGAGAACAUUUCAUUUAGAAGCCGACCUUAAAUGCAAUAUGUAAACAACAACGUGCACCCCAUCAUAACGACAUUAUGAUUUGCCAAAGAUUCAAACACAUAACUUCUAUGGUGUCUACAUGUUUGGCUUUUUUCCAAGGAAACUGUGAUGCUAAGCUGAAUGAAUUCAUAAAUGUUCCUUCUGUUGCCAGUAAAUAUGCAGACCCACAUACCGCUAACACCACCAUUAUAUAUGAACUUCCCUAUUCUCUCUCUCUUCCUCUCCAUUGUAACAGAAUGGAGUUGGGACUAUUGUCAGCCCGUUUAGAAAUACCAAGCACUUACCAAUGGAAUACCACAACCAUACAACAGAUGCAGAGAUGCAAACAAUUACUUUUUAUCAUUUCAUGUGAAUAUCAGUGUUGAAGGCAAAAUGUUGUCUACAAUUCUUCUAAUCUCUUUUAUUUGAGCUACUACGUCUAGCUAUAGUCACCCCGAUGUCCAAACCGUGGCCCUCUGUGGCCCUCCGUGGCCCUCUCAAAAGCAACAUGAUUUAUUUAUUCUCCUUAUUUAUUCUUUAUUUGCCGGUAUGUUUUUUCUUUUUCUUUUAAGUCCUCAACAUUUCAAGCUACAUGACCCCGCGGUUGUCAGUCAGUGUUAACCAAUGGAAAAGGAAUGUAUUUUUGUGUGGAGGUGUGUGGAGGAGUUCAGUGUAUAGAGGGGACUUAAUGAGUGUGUGAAUGUACUACUAAGGAUGUACAGAAGGGUCUUGUGUUUUUUUCUUCAUUUGCAUUAUACUGUCAUGGCUUACCUGUUCCUGAGGAGAAAAAAAAAACAUUAAAGCAAUACAAAUCCGUUACAGUAAAACA